AUGCAAUCUGUAGUUACAUUCGAAAAACCUCUACCCCAUCUAAGUCUACCGGAUUGGGAUGCCAGACUCUACGGUUUGCAGGUGACGGCAGACACUAGACGUGCCGAUGCCUUCGACCUUCGACACGGCGCUCACCAACUCCGCAAUGAAACUAGAAUUAAGACGGAAUGGGAUAGCUACCAUAAUAAUAACCGAUUGCGAGCCAGAGUAUAUGAAAUAGAGCAAUGGAAAUCAACCCUUCAAGAGCUUUUGGAUCGCUUGGAUAGAGAAAUGAGUGCUCUGAAAGAAGAAAAAGCAUCUACUGAAAGGGAGUUGGAGCAAUUGAAUAUGCCUCUACUCGUUUGUUCUGAAUGUCUAUCAAAUAGGGACGGAAGAAGGAGUAGUGAACUGACUUAUGACCUCGCUGACACUGAAUUAAAAAAGGAACUCUGUGUAACGGAAAGUAAUAAGAAAAUGCUGAUAGAUAGAUGUCAAUCAGCGUGGGAGAAGAUCAAUAAGUUGGAAGUAGUGAAAUUUAAAUUACAACUAGAUCUCAAUGACAAGAAUGAGGCUUUACAGAUCGACAAAGACAUGCUGAGUUUGGAAAAGAACAGCGCGAAUAUAACUUACAAAACCGAUUCACUUAAGAAUCCCAACAGAAUGAUAACAUACGAGCAAUGGCUGGAUAAAUGCGAAGCAACAAAGAAGAUGGCGGUUGACGAACUUCAAGACACUCUGAGGUUAAGAGAGUCGCUGUUCGUUGCACGUGGUCGAGCAAGGAACGCGCUGCGAGCUCAAACUGAUGUUACCAACUAUAUGAUGAGAAGACGAAUAUAUGACACACAGAGAGCGAGAAAUGAACUACAGUGGCAGAAACUGAAGAUGGAAGAAAAUAUGGACAAACUGGCAACAGAACUUAAGACUAUAGGCGAACAGUUUGCAGACAAAGUUAAUGCAUUAAAAGUAGCCGAAACUCGUUUAGAGACGCGUGGUUACCGACCGGGAGUGGAGCUUGCUGCAGAUGAAGCGGAUAUCGGCUUAAAAGAAGAAGUACGUAAUCUGAGAGAGACAAUACGUCAACUGCAAGAGAAACAAGACUGCGCUAAGGCCACAUACAACGCUCUAGAAGCUGCAUCAAUAAAGAUUGCCAUAGAUCUCAGCGAUAAGGAGCAGUCAUUGGAAACGGACACUCAAGCCCUUGAAAUGAGGGAGGCUUUAGAGCCCAAGAAACCACAGGGCACUGACAAAAAUUUGAUACUCGCUAGCAUACAAGACGAACUACCAAAAGUUGAAGCAUAA